AUUCUUACAGUGCGCAGUUAUUACGCGUAACCGGAAAAUGGCUGCGCUCACGUCUGAGUCGUGUUCAACAAUUCGGUGUUUAUUUUAACUGCAAUGUAAUACAUAACUGAUUACAGCAUUUUUCAGACAAAAUUUCAGAAAUGUCGGUGAAACAGGAAAGAAAAACCAAAAAGGAAUUCAUUAAGGGGCACUCCUUUCCAAAGAAGAAAGGAAAAAAGUCACUUAAUCUGGCGAAAAAGGAAAAAGCAGAUAUUGAUGUUCAAAAUCAAAACAUAGGGAAAAAGUGGGAGGUUAAGAACCCAGUGCUUACAAAUGUAAAAUCAAGUUCAAUUUCUAAAAGUAAAGACACAAAUGAGUUAGAAAAUGAUAAACAUAAGAAAUUAAAAGAUCGUAAGAAGUUUAAACGUAUGAAAGCAUUGAAAAAUAGACAGAAGAAGUUAGAGAAACCUGAUAGCCAAACAGCUAACUCUAUUGUAGUUGAUAAUGUUAAGAAAACAGGAAGCACACACAAAGAUAAAUUAAAAUGGAAAAAUAAGAAAUUGAAGGAAAAAACUGUAAAACAGAAAGAUGGGUCAAAAAACAAAGGUGAAGGGUUGUCUCGGCUAUCUUCCCCAUCUAUUGCAUCAGAUAAAGUACCAAAGACUGUGGGAAAAAAGAAACUGAAACGUUUAAAGUGGAAACAGAAACAAAUGGCAAAGAAGUUAGCACGAAAAGGUUUAGUUAAUACACAGGAACAUAAACAGGUGAAUACUGACAGUACUGAAAAAGUUGAGCUUCCAAAAACUGCAGAGGGAGCAACGGCAAACUGGAAAAAACUACAAGAGACAAUGUCAACACAAAGAGGAGAAAAACGAAAAAGAAAAAUACCAGAUCAUCGCCUCAGAAAUCCCAAAUAUAUGAAAAAAGAGGACUUACAAGGUGAAAGUCAGACACAUGAAAAAGAUGAUUCUGAUGCUGAGCCAGAGAUUUGGUUUGAUGAUGUGGAUGAAAUGUUACUGGACAAGACUCCAGUCUCUCUCAAACAAACAGUUGCAACUGAAGGAGAUAAUGGUGAGAUGAAGGAGGAAAAUCCAUUAGUGAAACCUGGAGCUUUUAAAGGUGUCACUAAAGUAGUGUGUAUGGACUGUGAAAUGGUUGGAGUUGGUGAUGGUUCAGAAAACAUGCUUGCUCGUGUCUCAAUAGUGAACCAGUAUGGUGAACCAGUCUAUGAUAAAUUUGUGAAGCCAAAAGAAGAAGUAGUUGACUAUAGAACAUUUGUAAGUGGUGUUAGACCACAGGAUCUUGUAAAUGCUGAGGAUUUUGAACAAGUUCAGAAGGAUGUGGCAGACAUUUUGAAUGGAAAGAUUUUAGUUGGCCAUGCAAUAAAGAAUGAUUUAAAGGUACUUUAUUUGAGCCAUCCAAGAAAGCGGAUUAGGGACACAUCACAAUAUAAACCCUUCCGCCAGCUGUCUGGGGGACGUACACCUUCACUGAAGAAAUUGUCAGAGAAAGUGCUUGCAGUGAAAGUUCAAGAAGGAGAGCAUAAUUCGAUUCAAGAUGCCCAGGCAACUAUGAGGCUGUAUACGAUGUACAGAAAACAAUGGGAGAAUGACAUUACCAACAAAAAGAAAGAGAAAAAGAUGAAGAAAGGAAAAACUUGAUCAUGUAUUUAUGUCAGUGAGGUCUUACAGUGUUUUGUGAUAUGAGGGAUGAAUUUUACUACAUGGAGUUGAACCAGUCCAAGAUCAGUUAGUACUUGUGAAAAACAAAAUCGUGAUAUGUUUCCUUUGAAUGUAAUCAAAGGGUUACUGUUGCUGUUUAGUGAUGCUGUUUUUGAAUAGUUAAUUACUUGUACUGAUGUAAUCAUGAAUAAAUGUCAGGAAGGAGAAAAGAGAAUUUUUACUUUGGA